AUGAAUAUUAGAGACAGGAAAUCAAAUCAUAGAGCUGUAACAAACAAGUUCGACUCUGAUGUAUUAUCUAAUGAGCUAAGCUACUUUGCACCAUUGCUCAAGGAGAAGAAGACUACAAUCAGAGUUAAUGCUCUCAAGAACAUCAUUGAUAUUUGCACACAUCAAGAGAGAAUUGAACAGAUACAUGAACUGGAUGUUGAACUAGCCAACUCCAUUUGUGAUAUAAUUGCAGCACCAAACAGAGAACAGGAAGAGGUUACUCUGGCUGCUCGUGCACUAAAGGUUAUUGCUGUACAGAAUGGACUGAGUCGUUAUGACUUCCACAAGACCAUCAAGGGUGGUCUGUCAUCUGUGAUCAAUGACACUGAGGACCAUGUGAGUCCGGCCACCAUCUCCAGUGCUCUGGACGCCGUGUCAUUCUCAUGCUUCAUGAACACAUCCUACUCGGACUCCUACGAGAACACCAUCGAGAUGUUUGCCGACAUCAUCCAGACACAGAAGAACAAGACCGUUCUCAACAGCGCUCUAAAGGGCUGGCUUCUAAUGCUCACAAGACUGGAUAAAUCAAAGAUCUCCAAACAUAUGAACAUGUUGGACAAGAUCAUCGAGUUGACUUCAUCAUCAUUCACCGCAUUGACAAAUACUGCUGGCACUGCCAUGGCCUUUUUGAUUAGUGAGAUGGAUGAUAAUAUGCUGGAAGAUAAUGAGGAUGAUGAGGAGGAUGUAGAGAAUGACGACGAAGAGGCCGAGUCUGUCAAUGAUUAUGAUGAUGUCGAGGAUGAGGACUACUCCAAAUAUCAAGACAGAAACGCAAGAUCACAAGAUGAUGAUGACAACACUGACGACGAUGACAAUGAACAUGACGACGACGAUGAAGACUACGAGGACGACGAAGAAAAUGAAAUUGUAUCAAUGGUCGAGAACCUUAUCCUAUCCAACAACGAGAAGGGCAAGAAGAAGGCACAGUCAAAGACCCUGCUGAGGAAGAUUGUCAAGACCCUGAAGGAGGGCGACUCACCCCGCGAGACUCUCAAGAUUGACAACCAACCAUUCUACUUCCAAGGCUGGCGCAAGUACAUCCAACUGCAUGAGAUCAAGAGUGUCCUGAAGAACAGCGCCUCCUUCCACUGGACCCAGAACGAAGACCUGCGCAAGCUGAUUGGCAUCGAGAUGCGUUCCGCCUCUGACAACAACCAAUUCCUGUUGGAGCAGCGCCACAUCAGCAACGUUCGAUCCAAGCUCAGAACCAAGGGUCUGACCAAGGAGCGUCGUGAUACUUCAGGUGUCUAUUCCUAUCAUCAUGGAGAGAAUGAUCAAUAA